UUUGUGACGACAUUCGAAAGAAGCUUUGCUAUUGGUCGAAUAUCACGCUACCUAGUAUUUUUAGACGAUGAGAUCACCCUUUAGUUUCGUUUGGGUUGAAGUAUUGCGAGACGUCCAAAAAGUAAUUUUGUGUAUGAUAAUAUUGGGCGCUUAAGCUGUUUCGUUACAGAACAUCAGAAUUUCUAAGGAGAGAAGGGCAUCCCCAAACUGACGACUACGUCAUCGUUUCAUUCGUUUGUGUGCAAACUGCAAUGAUGAGUCAUCAUUGUUGUGUUCUCGUUGGAUAAUCUUUUUCAAUUCGAGGCGCCUUAUUUUGAUUCCGUUCCUGUCAUUAGUGAACUGUCACGAGAAACUUCGCAGCAUUUGAUAGUUACGCGGAACUACAAACUUUGUUUGAAGUUCUAGAUCGCAUUGAUAAUACGCGUUGUUUGUCGAGUAAAUUACGUAAAUCGUAUCUCGUGUUGAAACUUGGACAUAAGUGAAUCUGAACUGAUGACGAUGAAGCUAGAAAUCAGUGAUAGUCAAUCAAAUCAAUCGGACAUUUCCUCCGACAGUCAGUCUUCGCAGGACUCGUCAACAAAUGAUUUUGUUUCGUCCGUCCCGACCUCUCGGUCCUUACUCACGUUACACAUGCCCUUGUUCAUGAAAAUUCAUUUGCGUGAGGUGACUAACCUCCUUGAGUGUUCCAUGGGUGGCACUGAUCACUUACCAUAG